GACUGGUUCCCUAUAUUGUAGUGUCCAUCAUUGCAAGGAGUAGAGGUGAUGGUCGGCGACCUGGAUUCUGGUGUGGGGAGCGGAGGUCUGAGAAAUGAAAGGCUUGAGAAAGAAUGAAUACUUGCGAAGGACGAUACUUGGCUUGAUGAUGCGGCACCGUUCUGGCCAUGAUAUAUGGAGCGACACAGCGACACCGUCUUGGUGAGUAGAAACCUUCAAGCCCCAUGCAUCAAUUUCCCCCUUCGUCCGAGAAGUGUGAAGAUUCCUGCAAAAAGAGAAAGAAACCCAGCAGAGAACGAUUCCGAAAACAAACACAGUUGCAUUCAAUGAAAUAGCAUGGGUACAGUAAGAGCAUCUGGGGGAUUAGAGCUUUACAAAAGACCGGGAAGGAUCUUCCCCCUAAGCAAAAGCACCUAAACUACUAUAGCUCAAGUCCCCCUUAACAAAAGAACCAUCCUUAAGACAGGACAGGAGAAACAAAAUAUGCUCUACUACCUAACUAAAACAAGAGGAAAGAAGAUUAGGAGGGAGGAGCAGACGCAGCAGAGUCAUCAGAGGAAGAGCUCCCUUCAGAAAUAGUGAACACAAGGUCACCAGGUUUGCUGGCUUCACCAGCAGACUUUGCCUUCUUGACAGAGGAAGUUUAGGAGGGGGACCAAGAAGAGAGGUUGAAGGACGAGGAGGAGGAGGAAUGUCUGUUGGAAGAUCAAGUACCAUGAGCACAUUGGGUGCACUAACAAACAUGAUGGAGGAGACACUUCGGAAUUCAGAUAGAUCAACACCUAGGUUGAUUAGUAAUUUGGUUAUGAUGGAGGCAAAAGGUAGGAGCCCCUUAUAGUGUUCAUCAGCCACAGGGAGGAGCUGGCCGAACAUAACACUUGCGAAAUCAAGCUUUCGCCUUGCUGUUGCACUUGAGAUAAUCCAUAGAUCCAUAUGAAGAACUCGAUCUUGAUUGAAGGACCGAGGGAAGAAGACAUGAGUAAGGAAAUAGUGAAAGAUUCGCAGCCGAGGAGGAAACCAGGCAGCAGGGAUUGGUACGUCAGAUCCACCAGUUGGCUCGAUGGAGAAGUUGUUAUACUCUACUUCAAUCUUGAAUUCGUGCUUCCAGAAUUCAUAAGGAUGAGCUAUUCCAAGCCCUUGAGAAGGAAACCCGAGUAUGCCGUUGAGAGCAUCGACUGGUAUGGUCAGCAGGUGACCAUAAACCAGUGUAGUGAAGCUCCUAGAGCUUAUUCCCUGACUUUGCAGAUUCGAGAAGAAGUAUUUCACAGCUCCAGGACAUGCAGGGUGAAGGGGUUGUCGGAGGAGAAAAUCCCACCCAAGUCCUUCGAUAAGAGAAACAAAGUCAUACUUGUAGACAUUGAAUUCGUAAGGAUCAAGCUGAGUAAUGUGAUGGAUCCUCCUUUUGUCGAAAUGUUGAAGAUACCGAUGAUGAUUCAGCACCAUUGGCUCAUGGAACAUAUAUCCAGAGAAGGUGUGAACCAGACCAUCGAAUCGAAAGGGGCGAGGAAGGCAAUCACUCAUGUUUGGAAAUGCUCAAAAGCUUUCGAAGUUUUGGUUGGUGUUUUAGAGCUACUGGAAUAGUGAGGAGGGUAAGACCAGAAGUACUCCUUAUAUAGGCAGAACACGUCAGGUAAAGGAGAAGAGGAAGAGUCUCUCUUAGAAUAAAGGGAAGGCAAAAAGUGUAAUGAUUAGUUUGUAGCAUGCAUGGCGUUGUCUUGGAACAACGCAAGCAUGAGCCGAAAAGAAAGGUUUAUGAAUUACCCGAGACACGCAAAAUGCCUAGAGCAAAAAGGGCCCAAUGAGUCUUUAGUUUGUAAGAUUUUUAAUCUGAGUAGAAGAUUUGAGCCCAAUCUCAGUGCAAAGUUGAAGGAAAGGUUCACUGGAUAAGGGUUUUGUGAAUAAAUCAGCUAACUGUGACUCGGUAGAAACGAAUUGUAAGCAAAUAUGACCUGCUUGUACUAGGUCUCUAAUAAAAUGAUAUUUUAUCUCAAUGUGUUUUGUCCUAGAGUGUUAAACAGGGUUCUUUGUCAUGCAAAUUGCACUAGUGUUGUCACAACACACCUGAAUAUUGCUUAAUUUAAAGCCAUAAUCUGAAAGCUGUGCUUUUAUCCACAUAAUCUGAGCACAGCAGCUUCCAGCUGCCAUAUACUCAGCUUCUGCGGUUGAGAGUGCAACUGCCCCUGCUUUUUACUAAACCACGAGACUAAAGCAGGUCCUAGGAACUGUACAGUUCCUGAGGUGCUUUUUCUAUCUACCAGACUUCCCCCAAAAUCUGAAUCACUAUAGCCUAUUAAUUCGAAUGAAUCAGAAAUUGGAUACCACAAACCCACAUUUGUUGUUCCUUUGAGAUAUCUGAAAAUUUGUUUUACUACUUUGAGGUGACUUUCUUUAGGAUUUGAUUGAACUCUAGCACACAAUCCGACCCUAAACUGAAUAUCUGGUCUACUAGCUGUUAAAUAAAGAAGAGAACCAAUCAUACCUCGGUAUUUCUUUUCACAUACUGCUGUUCCUCCUUCGUCUUUGUCUAGCUUUAGGUUUGUGGCCAUUGGAGUCAAACUUUCAUUCACAGAGUUCAUAUCAAAUUUCUUAAGCAUAGCUUCAAUGUAACUUGACUGAUUAAUGAAAAUUCCAGACUUAGUUUGCUUGAUUUGUAAGCCUAGAAAAUGGGAUAAUUCUUCCAUCAUGCUCAUUUCAAAUUCUGAUUUCAUACUUUCACAAAACUUUGUGCACAUGGAGGGGUUUGUUGCACCAAACACUAUGUCGUCAACAUAUAUUUGCACUAUUAGAGUAUCUGAGUCUUCUCUUUUAAUGAACAAGGUUUUGUCAACAUUUCCUUGACAGAAACCUUCAUUUUUCAAGAAUGUGGACAAUUUUUCAUACAAUGCCCUAGGUGCUUGUUUUAGUCCAUAUAAGGCCUUUGAUAAUUUGUACACAUGGUUUGGAUUUUUAUGAUCAAUGAAACUAGGAGGUUGACUAACAUACACUUCUUCUUUUAUUUCUCCAUUUAAAAAGGCACUUUUUACAUCCAUCUGGUAUAGAGGAAUUUUCAUAUAACAUGCAUAUGCACAGAGCAUUCUAAUGGAUUCAAUUCGUGCAACAGGUGCAAAAGAUUCUUCAAAGUCAAUUCCUUCUUCCUGUAGGUAACCUUGUGCUACUAGUCUGGCUUUUUUUCAACUACUGUACCUUCUUCAUCAGUUUUAUUUCUGAAAACCCAUUUUGUUCCUAUGAUUAAACAAUCUAUUGGACGUGGAACAAGUUCCCACACAUGCAAUCUAGCAAAUUGAAGUAGUUCUUCUUGCAUAGCGUUCAGCCAUUCAUCAUCAGUGAGGGCUUCUUUAUAAUUCCUAGGUUCUAGUAGAGAGAUAAGAGCAUACUGACCUGGUUGAUACUUACCUCUGGUGUGGAUACCAUCCUUGAGUUGACCAAUGAUAUGAGAUGGAGGAUGUCGUUUUUGAAUGUGUGCAGGGGCCUCCUUUUCUUCUUCUAAUUCAGUCAUUGGUUCACACUUGCUAGUAUAAUGUUCUUCAGGAGCUUCUAUUCCUCCCGAGUUUGUUUCUUCAGUAGAAACAGGAAACCAGAAAUCUAUGCUUUCGGCAGAACCCUUGUUAGUCCCCAUUGUUUCAUCAAAUUUUACAAACACAGACUCCUCAACUCUUUUGGUUCUAUGAUUAUACACUCUAUAUGCUUGACCUUUGGUUGAAUAUCCAAGAAAUGUAGCUUGAUCUGACUUAGCAUCGAAUUUUGAGAGAUGAUCCUUUGUAUUUAGAAUGAAACAUUUACAACCAAAUGGAUGAAAGUAACUUACAUUUGGUGUCUUUUGCUUUAAGAUUUCAUAUGGAGUCUUAUUUAUGGUUUUUCGAAUAAGUACCCUGUUGAUUACAUAAACUGCCGUCAUUACAGCUUCUCCCCAGAACAUUUUAGGUGUCCCAUAUUCCAACAGCAUUGUUCUAGCAGUUUCGAUUAUGGUUCUAUUUUUUCUCUCUACUACACCAUUUUGUUGUGGUGUUCUAGGUGCUGAAAAUGUGUGGUUAAUACCUCUUUCAUCACAUAGCUCUCUAAACUGAUCUGAUAUAAAUUCUCCUCCAUUGUCACUUCGAAUGGAUUUGAUUCCUAUCUCAGACUCAUUCAGUAUACGAUUUACAAACAUCCCGAAGCAACUAAAAGCUUCAUCUUUUGAUGCAAGUAGAUAGACCCAUGUAUACCUAGAGAAAUCAUCAACUAACACGAAACCAUAGGAUUUUCCACCAAGACUAGUUACGUGAGUUAGUCCAAAUAAAUCCAUAUGAAUGAGUUCAUAAGGGGCAGAGGUAGUUAUGUCCUUUUUGGACUUAAAGCUUUUCUUAGCUAACUUACCUCCAACACAAGCAUCGCAGAAGAACUUGAAAUUUCCUUUUAAAGUAGGUAUUCCCCUAGCAGACUUCAUUUUGGACAGCUUGGACAGUUUGGGCAAGGACACGUGUCCUAAUUUUCUAUGCCAAAGCAUUUCAGUAUCACACAUGCUGGUUUGAAAACAUGUCUCAUUAAAGGUCUUUAGACAAU